AUGGCCCCCAAAAAGCCAGAGCCAAAGAAAGAAGAAACUCCAGCUGCAGCUAAAUCCGCUCCCGCUCCAGCUCCUGCUACACCAUCAACCCCAGCUCCUGCUCCAGCACCAGAACCCCCCAAGGAGCCUGAAAUAAAGCCCAAGAUCAUCUCUACUGAAUACAACGCAGACCAGAUUGAUGAGUUCAAGGAGGCCUUCUUGCUGUUCGACAGGACCCCCAUGGGCGAGAUGAAAAUCACCUAUGCCCAGUGCGGUGACGUCAUGCGGGCCCUCGGGCAGAACCCCACCAAUGCAGAGGUCCUGAGUGUUCUUGGGAAACCCAAACCUGAGGACAUGAACUCCAAACUGAUCGACUUUGAAACCUUCCUCCCCAUGUUUCAACAAGUGUCCAAGUCCAAGGACCAGGGCACCUUGGAGGACUUUGUGGAGGGGCUGCGGGUCUUUGACAAGGAGGGAAAUGGCACUGUCAUGGGAGCUGAGCUGCGUCAUGUUCUCGCCACACUAGGUGAGAAAAUGUCUGAGGGAGAAGUAGAACAGCUUCUGGCAGGUCAAGAGGACACCAACGGCUGCAUCAACUAUGAAGCUUUUGUAAAACACAUCAUGGCAGGUUGA